AUGGCGGAUCUAAAAUCCCAAACUAUUUUCAGCGUUCUAGAUAGAACAGCUGUAAUUUCUGGCGGCGGCGGCGGACUUGGUCGGAUGGUUGCAAAGAGCUUACUUGUUAACGGUGCAUCGGUCACGAUCAUCGAUCAGUUCCAACAUCGUCUAGAUGUCGUUGAAGCUGAACUUUUGGAGCUGAAACAGAAGUCUAAACUCCCUGGGCAGAUCCGGAAAAUCCAAGGCGACCUCGGCCACGAAAUUGGUCUAAAGUCCGUCAUCUCCCAAAUCAAAGCAACACAUAAUGAGGUUGAUAUUCUUGUCACCGCAGCUGGUAUACGUAAAGUCAACAAAACUGCGUUCACUCCAGGUGAAAGUCUUUCAGAUCUCGUGAAAGCAACAAAUUCGCUUUCCUACGAAGAUCUCGACGCGUCCUUCCGUAUUAACUUAUAUGCCCAAUACUUUCUCACCGCGGGCUUAUUAGACUUGCUCGGUGCGGCAGCAGCUAAAGGGGACGGUCGCGGCUCAGUCAUCAUGUUUAGCAGCGUAGCUGCAAAACAUAAUGGUCAAUUCGUGCCUGCAUAUCAGCUUUCCAAGGCUGCUGUAGACCACCUGGUUAGAAUCAUGGCAGCAGAAUUUGCUGAUCACUAUAUUCGUGUCAAUGCCAUUUCACCGGGACUCUUUCCCAGUAACAUGAAUCCUAUGGACCCUGCGCACCCGGAUUCUAACAUGAAAUUUGCCAAUGAUAUGCCUGCUAGGCGACCUGGAACUGAAGAAGAGAUGGCUGCUACGGCACUAUAUCUCGCGUCAAAAGCGGGUGCUUAUAUGACUGGUGCGAAUAUGGUGGUAGAUGGUGGAAGAAUGUUGGUCGCGGCGGGCAAGAUUUCGAGUAAAUUAUAA